AUGGCUAUCUUGUCUACGCCUUUCACGCGUCCGCAACUUGUUAAUCUUGCAAUUUUCGUGAGCAUUAUGACUAUAGUAUUAAAUAUUGCUGAAGGAAUACUUUCUAUGUUUUUCGGAAAACAAUCUAAUUCCGUUAGCUUGGUCAUCUUUGGAAUUGGUUCUUUUGUUGAAAUGACAUCAUCUGUUUUGGUCUUAUGGCGAUUUGCCUCCGAAUCAUGUCAGGAAACCUCCAUGAUUUCUAUAACUCCCAAGGAUAAAUAUAUUGAUAAAGAACGUAAAGCUACUUUAGGAAUUGGAUGUCUUUUUAUUGUUUUGGCAUUAGGAACAUUUUUACAUUCAAUAAUCUCUUUAACUCAAAAAAGUCACCCUGAUAAUACUAUUACUUUUUUUUCAAAAGAAGGGAUUGAAAUGAUCUAUUGGGCUAAUAGCGAAAGGUUUGAUGGUGGAUGUAAUGCCAAUGUUGUCAAGAAGGUACAAGAUGAUGUCAAUAGUGAUGAUGAUUCAAAUGGGACUGAGGGUGGACAAAUUCAUGUGAUUGGUGAAAUUGAGGUUGAACCAGUUGUUGAAAAAAUGCGCCAGGAAGAAACAAGAAGUAUUGAAACAAAGUGGUGGGGAAAUAAUGGUACGGAUGCCGCAUUGGAAAAUGGUACUAGAAAUUUUGUAAAAAAUGACUAUGAAAAUUAUAUGGUGAAAUCUCUUACUAUCGCGGUAGAGCCGCAGCAUCAACAAUCUACGCUUAAUUAA